AUGAGUUCUAAACCGCUCAUCGCCAACGAAGUUUUGGCAUUCAUUAAUCAUGCCAUCGAUUAUAUGGAUGAGGUCAGCAUCGUGCAGAUCUGCAGAUCAGCCUACAAAGAGGAUGAGGUUUGCAGUGCAAAGCUGCUACUCUUCAAGUCGCUCGGACAACUCGAGCAGAUGCCAUCCCGCCGAAGGGACGGUGGGGACAAGAGCCUGCAGGAUAUCAUCUCCCUGCUGAAGAGGACAGAUCCUGAUGACGUGCCUGAGUUCCUGGCGAAAGACUUGCAUAAGCUGCCUCCCGUCACGUUCGAUCACGUCGAUGUCACCAGGCUGUUGAAAGACAUAACGUGUCUUAAGGCGAGCCUGGAAGAUAUGAAGUCCAAGAUGGAAGCUUCACAGGUGACCAUCAGUGACCUGCGUGGUGAAGUAGCGUUGUUGCGCAACGCUGUUUCUAUAAUUUCGAUCGCCGAUGUAGCUGACGAUGCACCCCGCUCCGCCGCCGCCGCCGCUGCUGUGUCAACACCUGCGACCGAACCUUGCGUAGGAACAUCGACCCCCAAACGCGCCUACGCAGCAGUUGCAGCCACCAACAAGCCCGCUGUGACGCAAACAAAGCGGACCAAAGCAAAAGGGGGUAAACAAACCCGUGGCACAUCACAGCCACAGACUAGUCCUAAGAAGGACACGUGCGACAAGGAUGGCUUCAAAAAGGUAGAAAGGAGAAAAAAGAGGCCAACUUGUAGGAAUAAGUGCGGAACUGCACAAACUGGACCAAACAUCCUGCUGCGUCCAGUACCAACGACGCAGUUGUACGUGUCCCGUCUACAUCACACCACGACGGUGGAGCAGAUCGUGGAGUAUGUCCGAUCCAAGACCAACUGGACCUUGAAGGUGGCGAAGUUGGAGUCGCGCCACAAUACGAACUUUAAUUCGUUCAUGGUGCGAGUUCCAACUCAUCACUUGGAGACAUUCCUCAAGGAAGAGUUUUGGCCGAAGGGUGUCGUAUAUCGGAGGUUCCGAGGAUGGCUACGCGACACCACGCAGCAUCACAAGGCAGUAGUAGUAUCGCAGUGGACGUCAGUGCUCCGGUUGGUGGAGGCCCAGCUGAGGAAGGCGGGCGUCCGCAGCGUCACGCUCAGCGGCGCCGUGCCUGUACCUGCGCGCGCCCCGCUACUCACUGCCAUCAACGACCCCCAUUCCGAUGUAAAGGUGAUGCUACUGUCGCUAUGCGCCGGUGGCGUGGGUCUGAACCUCUGCGGGGCGAACCACUUACUGUUGCUGGACCCGCACUGGAACCCACAGCUUGAGGAGCAGGCGCAGGACCGGAUUUACAGGGUCGGACAGACCAAGGACGUCAAUAUUUAUAGAUUCAUGUGCGUUGAUACGGUGGAGCAAUCAAUCAGAAAGCUGCAGCAGGCCAAACUGGAGUUGGCAGAGAACGUGCUAACAGGCGCCAAGAAUACCAACAACUCCAAACUCACCAUUGAAGACCUCAAAAUGCUUUUCAACAUGGGCCAGUCGUGCGUGAACCAGGCGCCGCACGUCACCAAGCGCCUGCUUGCAAUCAUAGUGCUGUUGACUGGCCUGCUGUGUAUGUUCGGAGGCUAUCUACUGGGUCGGGUGGCUCGUGUCGAGCCGAGGAAGAACAACGAAAUGUUGACCCACAACCUGACAAUACUAGCAGACAGUAUUUAUAAGAAAGCUAAAAGGAUUCCACCGAAACUCCUUCAUCAAAACGAUCCAGAUAAAAUACAAAUUAAAUUAUUUGACAUUUUCAACUGUACGCACCUCUGCGGCACUUUGAACAAAUAUAAUCUGGCUGAGUUCGUUAGGAAUUCUAUUAACUUUCAAGUGACGAAAUUAAUGAAGUCUGUGAACAACGCAUCUGUCUAUUUGGAUAGCCUUAGCUGA